GUCCAUGAACUCGAAAAGAAAAUAUAAAUUAUAACCUCAAAUUGAAUAUUUAAUUUAACAAUUCAAAAUCAAUAAUAUAAAUUAUGAAGCGACAUAUUACAUGUUUAUCGAGGAUACUUAUGCAGAACAAUCAUGCUAAAACAAUACCGGUUGCAAGAUAUCUUAGUACUCAAGAGGCAACAGACCGCCGCAAUCAUCUUUUUACAUUAGAAAAAAAACGGCAACAGGAAAAGAUUGGGAGAAUAGAAAAAAUUGAAGUUAAUUACAAAGGUGUUCCGAAAAAUGUGACUUUGGUUAUGAAUAAAGAUAUUUCUACGCCCUACGAUUGUGCUAAACAUAUGAGCGAGUGGCAUGUUGAGUCUAGUGCUCUAGCAUUGAUUGAUGGAAAUGUGUACUGGGACAUGCACAGACCUCUUACAGAAAAUUGCACUUUAGAGUUCCAGAACUUCACAGUAGCUGAACCUCAGCAAGUGAACAAGGCGUUCUGGAAGACAUGCUCUUUGGUGCUAGGAGCGUGUGCGUCUAUAGCGUUCAAGAAUGAUGUUACUGUUAAACUGCACAGUUUUCCCGGACCUGACAUUCGUAGCGGUUCCUUUAUAUACGACAUAGAUCUCCCAUCCCUACCAGACUGGACGCCAAGUCAACACGAGCUGUACACCAUUACAGCGGAAUUCGUCAAGUUUGCACGCCAAGGUCACCUUAUAGAGAGGCUGGAGGUCAGCCAAGACUUGGCUCUGGAGAUGUUUAUAGAAAAUGAACAUAAAUCUAGUCAAAUACCAAACAUAGCCAAAACUAACGGCAAAGUCACUCUCUACAGAGUGGGCAAGCACGUGGACAUAUCGAAGGGCCCUCUGAUCAGCAAUACGGCGCAAAUCGGACGAGUAUCAAUCACCUCUAUACACAAAUUAACUGGUUCAACAGACAGUGAAGUCAAACAGCUGCACAGGUUCCAAGGUGUAGCUUUACCUACAGGAGUCAUAUUAAAUCACUUCGCCUUCUCUAUACUUACGGAGAGAGCUAAGAAAUUGAAUCCAGCAAGGUCGCCCAUCAACAAAUACGUGGAAAGACACGAUGCCAGCGAGAUCGUAGCGGCGCGCGCGCGAUGAAUUACCUCAGUCUGUAGUCUGUAGAUAGCAUUUAUAAGUUGUAAACAUAAAUAUAUUUA